AUGAAGGUCGCAAAAUAUCAAGAUCUCGACAAAGCGAUGGAAAUGUGGUUUAUACAAAAACGAAGCUUAAAUGAACCAAUUUUUGGACCACUCAUAUGUGAAAAAGCUUUCGAGAUGAAUACAAAACUUGGAGGCCCUGAAGAUUUUAAGGCCAGCAGUGGCUGGCUUCAUAAAUUUAAAUCCCGUCAUGGAAUACGUGAGUUACAAAUUCAAGGAGAAUUAUUAUCAGCUGAUUCAAGUAGCGCUGAAAAUUUUAAACAAACAUUCCGCUUAUUUGUGGAAAAAGAAGGAUAUUUUCAAGAUUCCGUUUACAAUGCCGAUGAAAGAUUUAAUGACUGUAAUUAUGAUGACGCUGUUGAUUGGUUAGCAACUGAUGUAAAUGAUCUAGGAUAUCAAAUAUUAGAUAGUGAUGAAAUCAUUUCUUUGUUGCAAAAUGAAGAAAGUGAAAACAGCAGUAGUGAUGAAAGUAUGAGUAAACCAAAAGGACCAUCAUCAGCUGGAGCAUUUGCUGCAUUUGAAACUGGUAUUGAGUGGUUUGAAAAACAGGCCGAAUAUUGUCCAACACAAUUACUUCUCCUUAAACGUUUAAGAGACUUGGCUGCAGAAAAACGCGUUGCAACUCAUCGUCAAAUGAAAAUCCAUAAUUUUGUCAAAAAAAUAUAA